CGCAUAAUUUUAACCGAACAAUCGGAACCUGGCCGCCAGUUGAAGUUUAGUUCUCCUUCACUCUUCAUUUCGAACCUCGCGCCGUUCUAGUUGCAGCGGCUCGUCGCUGCUGCUCCUGCUGUCGCGACUCCGUUCCCCACUGCUGAAGUCGUGCAUGUGUAGCCGCUGCUCGUCUACCCCGUUUGCGCCGAUCAAGUCGCUGCUGCUUGUGCCGUCGCACAUCCGUUCAGACCUAUUGUGAAUCAGCGUCCUCGGAGCUGCCUUAAAAAAAAGUCCUCGUCGUCGACACCCAUUGUGAAUCAGUCCGUAUUAUUAUAUUCCGAACCAACUGGGAUACUGAGAAAUUCAAUAAUGUGGAACUAUUUUCUAGGAAAGAAAUAGAUUAUGUUCGGACAUCGGGCUGAGCACUUUUUCGAGAAAAUUCUGUCCUAAUCUUAGUAAAGAUCCUCUAAUAUCUAGAUUUCUCUGAAGGAGUCUUCUCAUGGCAGCAAUAAGCAUAAUGGUCCCAGCCUCAAGACAGCUUCAGCUCCUCCGCCACCAUCUUCCACUGGGCUGUCAUUAUUGUCAUACUUCCACUGUCUGGUGUGAUUUGGCGCCAUCACAAACUCAUGAUAAGUCACUUGUAACCCAAGUGGUGCAACUUCUCCAGGUACCUGAAAAUGAGUGGAAUUUUGAUCAGCUUCAUCCCCUGCUAUUCUCCACCACUACCACCCCUCACCACCUCCACACAAUCACACUACAUUUGGGUUCCUCUUCAAAAGCCCUAAAUUUUCUUGAAUAUGUUAGAGCAAAUGCACCAUCUGAGCAGAGCCCUUGUCUGUCUCCCAUAUUCCAUGGUGUUCUUAUGCUUUUCAGUAAAGAGCCCAUUUCAGAAUGUAAGCUUUUGGAGAUUUAUGAGAAAGUCAAGCAGUGGAGCAUCCCGCUUACUUUCAGAUCGGCUACUCUUCUGAUUCAGUGCCUUGGAGCGGCUAAAAUGGUGGACGAGUUGCUUCUAGUUUUCAAUAAUCUUGACCAAUCUGCAAAGAGAACCUGUGUUGUCAAUACAUUGAUCAGUACAUUGUUUAGAGUGGGGCAUACUGAAAGUGCAUUCCAAGUGCUUGAUGAAAUGUGUAAACCAAAUACUGUGUUUCCUCCAAACAAAGUCACUGGUGAUAUUGUUUUUGGUGAAUUAUUGAAGAGGGGAAGCCCUGUAGGUAGCAUUGCUGAAGAGGAAAUAGGUUGGUUGGUAAGAAAGCUAAGUAAACAUGGUGUUUUCCCUAACACCAUCAAACUCACACUCCUGAUCGCCAACCUAUGUGGGAAAAAAAAGACUCGGUUUGCUUGGGAUCUUUUACAUGAUGUAAUGAAAUUAGGUGGUGCAGUUGAAGCUGCUUCAUGCAAUGCCCUCUUGACAGGUUUGGGAAGGGAUAGAGACGUGAAGAGGAUGAAUGAUCUCUUAGCCAAGAUGAAAGAAAUGGAGAUACAACCCAAUGUUAUAACCUUUGGGAUUCUUAUUAAUCAUUUAUGCAAGUCUCGGAGGAUUGAUGAUGCAUUGAAGGUGUUAGAAGAAAUGAGAGGAAAAGGAGGGAGUAAUGGGAUGAAUGUUGAACCUGAUGAGGUGAUAUUUAAUACUUUGAUUGAUGGACUUUGUAAAGUUGGGAGGCAUGAUGAGAGCUUGACCUUGUUGGAACAGAUGAAAAAUGAAUGUAGGCCAAAUACUGUUACGUAUAACUGCUUGAUCGAUGGUUUCUGCAAAGCUAGCAACCUUGAUAAAGCACAUGAGCUAUUUGAUCAGAUGAACAAGGAAGGAGUGGUACCAAAUGUGAUCACCCUCAAUACACUAAUUAAUGGUUUGUGCAAACAUGGGAGGGUUGGCAGUGCUGUUGAGUUUUUCAAUGAGAUGCAAAGGAAAGGCGUAAAAGGGAAUUCUGUGACCUAUACCUCUCUAAUCUCUGCCUUUUGUAACGUGAACAACAUUGAUAAAGCCAUGCAAUAUUUUGACAUGAUGUUGAGUUCUGGAUGCUCUCCAGAUGUGAUCGUCUUCUACAGUUUGAUAUCUGGUUUGAGUCUUGCUGGGAGGAUGGAUGAUGCUAGUCUUGUUGUGUCAAAGUUGAAAGAGGCCGGAUUUGGUCUUGACUUGUGUUGCUAUAAUGUGUUGAUAAGUGGAUAUUGCAAGAAGAAGAAGUUGGAAAAAGUACAUGAAAUGCUACAGGAAAUGGAACAAGCUGGAGUUAAGCCUGAUAUUCUCACUUAUAAUACUCUAAUAUCCUUCCUUGGCAAGAUUGGAGAUUUUGAAACUACUUGUGAGUUAUUAAGAAAGAUGAGAAAGGAGGGUCUUGUGCCUUCUGUGGUCACUUAUGGGGCAAUUAUACAUGCUUAUUGUUUACAUGGAAAUGUUGAUGAAGCCAUGAAAAUGUUCAGGGAAAUGAAUUCUACACUGAAGGUUCCUCCCAACACUGUCAUAUACAACAUUUUAAUUGAUUCUCUGUGCAAGGUUAAUGAUGUAGAAAGUGCUCUUAAUUUUAUGGAUGACAUGAAAGUGAAGGGGAUUAGACCUAAUACAACUACAUAUAAUGCUAUUUUGAAAGGGAUUCGUGAUAAGAAAAUGUUACAUAAAGCAUUUGAACUUAUGGAUAGCAUGGUUGAACAUGCUUGCAGACCUGACUAUGUGACCUUGGAAAUUCUAACUGAAUGGCUCUCUGCAGUUGGUGAAAUGAACAAAUUGAAAACUUUUAUCCAAGGGUACACGGUUUCCUCUUGUACGGUAGAGCGUGACUAGUUUAUGGUUUGGAUAUAUAGUCAAAUGGUCAUUAUUUGUGUUUCAACCACAAAAGAGCAGGUGCACAGUAAAUGCAACUUGGGUUGGGUAGAUAUCAAUUCUUUCCUAUUGUUUAGCUCAAUCUUAUGGAGUUGAGAUAUUGUAAUGCAAUGUAUGUCGUAUGCCAUUAAGACUUCAUUGCUGUGAGGACUUAAUAAUCCUAAUUCCAAGAACUAUAAUUUAUGCCUGAUUUUCAGCUUAAGAUCAAAUAUGGUACGGAUAUAGAUAAGCUUUAUCAGACAACUUAUUGCAGUCGGUUUUCAACAUGGAUCCUAAUAGAUAGAUGGAAACCCCCUGAGGGUUUGUGAGUUUUGAUACUGAUGGCUCAGUUCUUGAUAGUAAUGAUACAGCUCGUGGUGAAGUAAUUAGAGACAAAGCAGGUAACUGGAUUAGGGGCUACUGCAACAAGCUGCCUAAUUACCCUACUGCUAUAACUGAAAUUUGUGGCAUGAUUAUGGAUUAGAUCUUUGCUGGGACCUUGGUUACAGGAAUGUUGAGGUUGAGGUCUUUAUUGGUUGUGCUCUUGCUAUCAACAUCAUUUCCAGGGACCAAUUGUUUGACCACUCUUUCCAGGAUGUUAUUCUAAAAGCUCGUGAGUUCUUGUUCUGUAAAUGUAAUGCUCCUCUUAGUUUCAUGUAUAGGCAUUUAAAUUGUACUGCUGACUGCUUGGCUAGAAAAAGCCAUGAACUUGAUUUUGCUUUUUGUAUUUUUGAUCAACCCUUAUGUUUUGUUCUAAUUGGUGGUGGUUGAUGAAAGGCUUGUUCCUGAUUAGAUAUGGAUGAUCUUUUCAUGGUUU